CUUCAACAAUCUGCAACAGUGUUUAUUUAAAAAUAAAAAUAAAAAAUUAUGAUUUUAAUUAUUGGAUUAUUUUUUUUGACAUUUUCAAUGUCAGAAAGUUCAACGUUAACUUCAUCAAGGUUCAAAGUAUGCGCAAGAAAUUUAGAAAAUUUAUCAGACUGUGUCAAUGAAGCCGCUGCAAUUGCAAUCAAAGAAUUAGCAAAAGGUUAUAAAGAUUUAGAUAUUCAAGCACUUGAACCACUUGCAGUUGAUAAAUUUUCAAUUGGCUCGACGAAAUAUCUCAAGCAACAGUAUGAAAAUGUCAAACUUCAUGGUUUAACAAAGAGCCUUAAAAUUACUGACUAUAAACUUGAUUUUGAAAAUUUAAUAUUCAAAUCAACAGCAUUUAAUCCUCAAGUUGAUUUCGUUGGUAAUUAUAAGCUUGAUGGUAAAUUAUUAAUUCUUCCAAUUCGUGGCAAUGGACGUUGCAACAUCACCAUGAAAAAUUUAAUAACAAAAAGUGAAUUUCACGGUGAAAAAUUUAUCAAAGAUGGAAAAGAAUAUAUGAAAAUUAAAAAAUAUAUUAUUAAUUUUAUACCAAAAAAAGUAUUUAUGGAUUUUACAAACCUUUUUGAUGGUAAUUUACUUCUUGCUGCACCAGCAAGUUAUUUUAUCAAUGAAAAUGCUGAUUUAUUAUUUCAAGAACUUCAAGAACCUUUUGAAAAAUCAUUUGCUAAAUUAUUCAUGAAAAUUGCAAAUUCUGCAUUUACAAAAAUUCCAUUAAAUGUUAUUUUUCCUGAAACGUAA